AUGUCGUCCGAUAGCGACAAGUCGAAGGGUGAGUUGCACCAGGGCGGUCAGAGUGAUGUUCACAACUCCGACGUCCUGCUCGAGUCCAGGGGCGACUUGGGCCAGAGCGAGAAGGGUGUCCUGGAUCAUUCCGAGGUUUUGGUCAACCCGGAUCUCAUGAAUGAUGCCGUCGAUGGCGAGGUCCGUGAACAUGGAAUGGGCAUGUGGGCUGCGGUCAAGCAACACCCCUGGGCUUGUCUAUAUGCAUUCAUCAUGUGCUUUACCAUUGUCAUGGAAGCGUUCGACAUGUUCCUGAACGGCAACUUUGUGGCGCUUCCCGUCUUUCAAAGGAGGUACGGUGUCUUGCUGAAGGGAGGAGGCUAUGCCAUCCCGACGAGAUGGCAGAGUGCCCUCUUCCAAUCUGGUCAAUGUGGUGCUUUUGUCGGCGUCUUCCUGGCUGGACCUGUCACCAACCGUCUCGGCUACCGUUGGACCACCAUCUUGGCACUGAUCCUUAUGAAUGCCACCAUUUUCAUUUCAUUCUUCGCCGACUCACUCACGGUCCUUACGGUCGGACAAGCGCUGGAAGGCGUCCCCUGGGGUUUCUUCAUUGCCAACUCCCCGGCCUACGCCAGCGAGAUUGUGCCCCUCGUCCUUCGAGGUGCCUGCACGGCCAGUCUGCAGAUGGCGUGGUCUGUCGGUCAAAUCAUUGUCGCCGCGGCCACCUACGGCUAUAACAAGAAGAACAACCAGUGGGCAUGGCGCGUGCCUCUGGCAUUGCAGUGGCUUUUCCCCACCCCCCUUUUGAUUCUCAUCUUCCUCGGGCCCGAAUCUCCGUGGUGGCUCGUUCGCCGUGGGCGCAAGAAGGAAGCCCUGCGCUCCAUCAAGCGCCUCGGUACGAAACCAGAGCACGCAGAACAGACGCUGGCCAUGAUGGAACGGACGGUCGAGAUCGAAUUGCGCCAGGGCGGUACUCCUACCUUGCUGGAUCUUUUCAAAGGCACCGACCUGAGACGAACCACCAUCAUCUGCUUGAUGUACGCCUCGCAGAAUUUCGCAGGGAACCUGAUUGCCAACCAGGCCACUUUCUUCUUCGAACAGGCCGGGAUCUCGACCGACCGUGCCUUUGAGCUCAACCUGAUCAACUCGUGUCUCCAAUUCGUCGCCAACGCCGUCUCCUGGUUCCUGACGGCCUGGUUCGGCCGCCGAACCAUCUACCUCUGGGGCACGGCCACCAACAUCACGCUGCUCUUCGUGCUGGGCAUCUGCGCCUCGGUGCCGCAGAAUAGCGCGACCAACUACGCACAGGCGGUGCUGGGCAUCCUGAUCUCGUUCGUCUUCGCCGGCUGUAUGGGCCCCAUCUCGUACACCAUCAUCGCCGAGACGUCGUCGGUGCGCCUGCGCGCCCUGAGCACCGGCGUCGGCCGCGCCGCCUACUACGUCGCCGAGAUCCCCAUGAUCUACCUGGCCUCCAAGAUGCUCAACCCCACCGGCUGGAACCUCGCCGGCAAGUGCGGCUACGUCUGGGGCGGCACCGCCUGCGUCUGCUGGGUCAUGGCCUUCUUCUUCCUGCCCGAGCUCAAGCACCGCUCGUACCGCGAGAGCGACAUCCUGUUCAACCGCCGCAUCCCGGCCCGCAAGUUCAAGUCCACCGUCAUCGACGUCAAGGACAACGACUAA